CCUCCACGCAUCAUCAUCUAUCCGCCUAUCUAUCUAGUAUCUGCCUAGCUACCUACAACCACCUAGGGCUCAUGUACUUUCUUGCUUAAUUAUUGAUUUACACUUCCUUGCUUAAUUGUCGAUUUACUUGCUAUAUGUAUACAUAUAAAUAUAGGAGGUGUUGCUUGUGCUCGGGACUUGUAACUUGUGAGAUCUAGGGUUCUUGUGCUUAAUUGCUCUCUGCCAUGGCAGUCGCUCGCCUUCUUCUCGGACGCCAUUUCGCCGCCGGCAAUGGAGCUGUCAUUCUCGUGAUUCUCCGGCUUCUCUUCGGAGCUCUGGGCGCGGAGGGCGCGUCGUCGUUCAGCUUCACCAAUGCCUGCCAGCACCCGGUGUGGGUGGGCGCUCUCCAUGGCGCCAGCUCGCCGCCGCUCGCGCUCUCCGGCUUCUACCUUCCGCCAUCUUCCACGUCCCGCCUCGCCGCCCCGUCCUCUGGGAGCUGGUCCGGCACGUUCUGGGCGCGCACGGGCUGCGCGGUCGACUCCGCCACCGGCCGCUUCUCCUGCGCCACGGCCGACUGUGGCACGGGCGACGUCGCCUGCGACGGCCGCGGGCCGGCGGCCCCGGUCUCGCUCGUCGAGGUCACGCUCGCCGCGCCCGGCAGCGGCGGCCAGGACUUCUACGACGUCAGCCUCGUCGACGGGUUCAACGUGCCGGUGCGCGUGGCGCCCUCGGGCGGCGGCGGGGACUGCCUCCCCGCGGCGUGCGCGGGCGACGUGAACGCGAUGUGCCCCUCGGACCUCCGCGUCGUGGCCGCGUCCGGCGGUGGCAGCGGCGUCAUCGCGUGCCAGAGCGCGUGCAACGCGUACGGCACUGCGCGCUACUGCUGCACCGGCCAGUACGGUACGCCGGCGGCGUGCGGGCCGACCAACUACUCGCAGGUCUUCAAGAGCGCCUGCCCGGCGGCGUACAGCUACGCCUACGACGACGCAAGCAGCACCUUCACAUGCUCCGGCGCCUCCAGCUAUGACGUCACCUUCUGCCCUGGGACUUGAUGCCGUGAUAAUCUUGUGAAGGAGAUGGUCACAAGCGGAUGAGAUUAUGAUUCUUGGUGGUUCCUUAAAUAUUUUGUUUUUAAUAAAGAGUAGUGAGAGAUACAGUAUAAUCCGUUUGGAAGAAGGAAUCUCGUAGGAGUUUUGUAGGAAACGCCAUCUCCAGACUAGAUGUUUCCUGCAAAAUUCCUACAGAAAUAA